AUGAGCAUUAGUAAUAAAAUUAUUGGAUCAGCUAAAUCCAUUUGGGGAAAAGGUGGAUUUUUUAAAGGUACAGGUACAGUUUCUAGUACAUCAUCAAAAGCAUUCAGUGUUGGAUUAGAAACGCCAGCAUCUGCUAAAAACUUUAUUUUAAAUUCUCCAAAUAAAUAUACUGAUAAUGAAAACAAUACAAACCCAGAAGAAUUAUUAUGUGCAUCACAUUCAGCAUGUUUAGCUAUCACAUUUUCAAGUAUUUUAGGUAAACAUAAAUAUGAAGCAACACAUAUUGAAGCAGAUGCAAAAUGUACAAUGGAAAUAACACCAAGUGGAUUCGUUGUAACUAAUAUUGAUUUAACAUUAAAUGCAACCAUACCAAAUAUUGAAAAUGAAAAAUUUCAAGAAUUGGCAUUAAUUGCAAAAGAUGCAUGUCCAAUUUCAAAAUUAAUGAAUGGAAAUGUUAAAGUUUCUUUAAAAUCAACUUUAAAUAAUUAA